CAAUGUGUCACCGGAUUACGGAUGAUUUUAGCGAUUUAUUCAUCGCAGCCGCAUCAUCAUCAGGCCUCGAAAUGUCGCCCGAAUGCGUGAAUUCUGUAAAUAUCUGCAGUAAAGUUGGUAGUAGCGAUAGAAUAAAAAUUUCGAACAUCAACAUGCAACUAAAUGUCGCAGUAGUACUUGACAAAAAAAUGGUCGAAUAUACAAUUAAUUCUGCACGACUUCCAUCAACAAGUUCAAACUCCAAUGCAUUCACAGUUUUAAUGAACAAGUCCAAGGUAUACAUUAUGCCCAAAAAAUAUGAAGUAAACACAAGCUCAAAAGUAAAGAAACUUUCUGGUCCACAACAACUGUACUGCGAUUUGAUUGAUUGGGCCCAAAGUACUGGGUGUGGAUGGCCAUCUAAUAUUGUCGAGGACAGUGGAAAACAAGCCCUUAAAUCUCUCAGCAAUGCCUUGUGGUACGUAGAUCACUGCCAUGCAAGACUGAAAGAUGCCAGUUGUCAUGUUCCAUCUGAAUUAAACAAAUUUCAAAAUUACAACAACUACAAAUUACUUAGGCACAGACCACCUAUUGUAUAGGCAGCCAGACUUGGCGAAUUGGUUGGUGAUCUAUACUCCGCCCUUAGUUUGCCAUCAUUGAGUGAUAAACGAAACACAGUGUUAGCCAAAAUCAUGGGUGAAUUAGCAGAAUCUUUAAAACAAUACAAAGACAGACUUGAAAAUGAUAACCAAAAACACCAAAACAUGAGUCAUAAAAGAGAAACGGCUAACUGCGGUGACUCGAACUCGGUUUGCAUAAAUCCUGUAACACCGUCCAAUGUUAAAGAAGAAUAUAGUCAUUUAAACGAGACAGUAGUGAAAACAUCAGAUUAUACCUAUGUGCACCUUGACAAGUUUUGUCCCGAUAAUCGUAUUGAACGUCGCAAAUUCAUCAAAAACCUUCGUUUGUCCAAACCGAUUAUGUUGUAUAGGGUUGCUUAUGGAGGAAGCAUAGGAACAUUAAAUUUCAUUUGGAGUGUUCCAGUAGGUCAAACAGAAGACAAAACAUCCCGCAACAUGAAAGUUAUCUCUCAAAUUUCAGAAGAUCUUCCGACGUUCUCAAGCAGGGCUAUGAGACAAGAAUUUAUUGACAAGUUUAUAAGUUAUGUGAAAUGCCCAAAGUCAGUAAUUAGACACAUGUAUUUUAGCCUAACAGGGCAUGAAGAAAGUGCCAAUUCUGCCAGUGAAAAAGAAAUUAAUGAAAGGGUGUCGAAGAUCAUAGGCGCAGAUGACUCUCAGCUAUUGAUUGAUUUACGAGCAACUAAUGGCUCUGAUACAUAUUAUGAUGCCUUUUUUGAAGAAAUGGGAAAGUUCUUUGAAGAACAGGUUUUACAGGUCAGUGAAAGACGAAAAUGUGAUGAAAUGUAUUUGCCAUUGGCAAUUUCAAUAGAGACUUUAAAGAAUGACAUUUGUAAAAGAGUGCCUGAUGGAACACCCAUUCCUAGCAAUGAAACGAUCCGACUGCAGUUUUGUUCCAGUAAUCCAUUUCAUAAAACUGCUCUAAGGUACACUGGUCAGUUCAAUGUUUUAUUCCAUGUGCAGACACGCCAGGCAAGAGUUUCACAUCCUCAUUCACACUAUGCUGCAAAAUACUUUCAGUAUAUGAAAGAAUUGUGUGUGAUGUUUAGAGACAGUGCUAUGUUCUUAUGCAUGGACGACAAGGCAAUAGUUCCAGUGGGAGACCAGGAAUCACUAUAUCGACUGGAGUAAGAGGGCAUAACAAGGUUCUAACACCUUCAGAGGGACCUGUAUUAGUUUCAACUGACCAUGAUUUUCAUCGUUGCAGUCUUGUUCCUUCAGUUGUUCUUGUCACAGAAAUUCCUAGGGACUCCAAAGACAGCUUCUUUUCAGGGGGCAUGCAUGUGACAACAAAAGAAAAGGUAUUCAGCCCAUCUAGCCCAUUUAGACAUGCUGCUGAAGUUAUUGAACUCGUAAGAUUAAAUGAUGCCUACUCUGCAGAUGGAUUAAAUUUGAGAACCCCAAUCAUGUGCCUUUAUACUGAUGGAGGACCGGAUCAUAGAGUCACUUAUGAAACGGUUAAGUUGUCGCUCACUCUUAUCUUCAUGCAUUUAGAUUUGGACAUGCUAAUUGCACUCCGAACAGCACCAUCACAUAGUUGGACCAACCCAGCUGAACGUUGCAUGUCCAUUUUAAAUUUGGCCUUGCAGCAUGUUGCGCUAGACAGAAAUGAAAUGGAAGAGAAGUAUGAACAGAUGGUUAAAAACUUGUCUUCUCUAACUGCAGUAAGAAACCAAGCCAGACUAAAAGAUGGUCUGAAAGAGGCUUUCAAGAAAAGUAUGGAACCAGUGGUUGAUCUUGUGAACAAACGUUUCUCACAAAUGAGCUUGAAAGGAAACCCUGUUAAAACUUUGAAAGGGGUAUCAGAUGAAGAGAUCACAUCCAUCUUAGAUAUCACUGGUGUUGGCUUUGGAGCAGAUAGUCCAGUAGCCACAGCUGACACAAAAAGCGCUGAAUUGAAGAAAAGCAAGCAUCUGCAGGAUUUCUUUGAGAGGCAUGCAGAAUCCAGCCACUACUGCUUCCAGUUAAAGAAGUGUUCAUCCCAUGAAUGUGGCUACUGCUCCAUCAACCCAGUCCGAGAUCAGGAUGUUUUUGACCGCCUCAGGUUCCUCCCUGAACCAAAGCCGGACGAAAAUGGUGAACACUACCUACCAUUCAGUGAGUUGUUUGGGAAAGCCCUGACCCGUGACAAGUACAGACCCUCAACCAGACCAUGUGGAACCUAUGAUGAGGAAUUACAAAACCAUGAUAAAGAGAAUCGAGAAAUUUUGAGGAAUGAGAAGCUUCGAGAUGCUGUCCUUUGCGGAGAAUGUAGCAGGCCAAGAUGUGUCUUCAGUCCAAACAAGCUUGACCGACAACAGGAGGAAUUCUUGCGGAACAUUAAGGCAUGCCAUUCGUAUAUCUGUGGAGAUCAGUUGGAAGAUGCACCUGACCUCUAUGUUCGGAGAUGCGUGACCUGCAGCUCUGAGGUGGAAACAGCUUAUUUCUCAGCCAAGUGUCGGCAUUACCUACCACCAGUGUGCAUCCACUGUGGAUCUCCUGAUUGUCUGUUAGAUGACAACGAUGCAUAUGUUGCAGAUUUGUAUAUAAAAUAUUCCAUAGUCAGGCCAAUUUGUGUGUCUUGUCGACAUUCUGGAAAAGAGGCAAAAACAUGGGGCGCCAAGAAGUUUGUAAAAAAACAAAAAGUCAAAUGAACUCAUUCAAGCCUUCAAAAGUUCUUACUUUGAUUUGGUUUGUAAAUGAGACCAAAGCAAAAGUAUGUGUAUAUAAUGACCAUCAUCAUCAUGUUUAUAAAUGUUAACAUGUUGUGAUUGAAAAUGAAAAAUCAUGGAUUGGAAUAAAGAGCAAAUGCUUUAACUUUUAAAAAUAUUAGUGUUUCGUAUUUUCCAGUUUAAUUUCUAUUUCUACAGAUUUUAAUUGUUUUGUGUUAAGAUUAAAGUUGAUACUAGUCAUUUGUGAUUGCACUUUUCUUGGAAAAGUAUGUUUUAUUGUAAAUUGAUGUGUUUUUUAAAUAAUCACGCUAAAUAUAGUUCUACUACUAUUGUUAUAAAUAUAUAUUAUAGUACUAGUCAUUUACUAGAACUGAUACUAGUCGUUUUAUGCCCCCGGUAGGGUGGCAUAUAGCAGUUGAACUGUCCGUCUGUCUGUCUGUCCGAAAACUUUAACAUUGGCCAUACUUUUUGCAAUAUUGACUUGAUAUUUGGCAUGCACGUGUAUCUCAUGGAGCUACACAUUUGGAGUGGUGAAAGGUCAAGUUCAUGUAAAAAAAUAAAUAUAUAUUUUCAAAGCGGCGCAGUAGGGGGCAUUGUGUUUCUGACAAACACAUCUUAUGUUUGGCACUCAAAUUAGACAAAUAUAUGUCACUGUGCUAUGUUAAAAUAAAGGGCUCCUACUAUUCACAUCUAUAAAUAGUUUUGAUUAAAAGGCAUGUGUUUUAUAUUAAAAUAAAAAAAACUUUAACUA